AGUUUAGUACGUCACGUUUUGCGGUGUGUCUACGCGGAAGAACGCAAACUUCUCAUUUCGUAUCGAAGCAAAAAAGUGCCUACACAAUAAUAACAACAACAAGAAAUCUUUAUAUUAGUGGUGUUGAAAAUAACAACAGCAAAAAUAAAGAAGCAAGCAAACAAUAUUGAGUAGUCACAGAAGUAAAACAAAAAAGCGAAGAAAAUCUAGCAUACAACAACAAGUGCGCGUUAAGUUAAAACAGCACUAGCAACAACUGCAGCAAAAACAGCUAUACCAAUAAAACAAAUAUAAGAAACAUAAGCAGUGCAAAAAAUAGCAUAAUACUUGAAGUAUUGCAACAACAACAAAGCGCGAGUGCAAAAAGUGCAAAUUUAGCCACAAAGAAAAGUCAAAUUUUUAUAAACUUUGAGUUAGCAGCAAGGAAAUACACUAGAAAAAUUAGUAACUCACUAUUUUCUGUAAAUCCAAAGCAACGAAAAAUAUUAGCCUAAAAAACACAAGUGCGCUUAUAAAUAUUUUAAUUACCAAAAACAGAAUCAAAGCAGUGCUUUGAGAGUUAAAAAUAAAAUUUAAAAAGCAGUGCUUUAAAAAAUAUUAGAAAAAAAUUAAUUAUCAAAGCUGUGCUUUGUAUACGUACGCCAAUACAUAAUCAACAACAAAAGCUGCAAAAAGUAAUAAUAAGCAGCAGUAAAAAUUUAACAAAAAACAGUAAUUACAAAAAGUUAAAAUACACCACAAACACAACAUGGCUUAUUAUCACCACAGUGUUUCGACAUCGAAAAUUCUUAUUAGCGGCAUACCGCUGCAAACGCGUUUCGAAGACAUCGAACCGCUGCUAAAGCCAUACGGCAUCGUCAAACAGUGUGAGGCUGUGUCUAGUAAGGACCCCAAUACUCAGACUGUACAUAUAACAUUCGAAAAUCCCGAUCAGGCUCAAAGAGCUGCUGGCGGAUUGAACGGUGUCGAAUUCGAGGGCAACAAAUUGCACGCCGAGCCAUUGGACAAAAACCAACGUCGCACCAAUCGUAAUCAGCGCAAUCCAUAUCCCGGUAUGCCAGGACCCGGACGUCAAGCUGAUUUUCCGCUGCGCAUUCUUGUGCAAAGUGAAAUGGUCGGCGCCAUUAUUGGCCGUCAAGGUAUCACCAUACGCACGAUCACACAACAAAGCCAUGCACGUGUCGAUGUGCAUCGAAAGGAGAAUGUCGGCUCGCUCGAGAAGGCGAUCACCAUUUAUGGUAAUCCGGAAAAUUGCACGAACGCGUGCAAACGCAUUUUGGAAGUGAUGCAACAGGAAGCCAUCUCAACGAAUAAAGGUGACAUAUGCUUGAAGAUUUUGGCUCAUAACAAUCUGAUCGGUCGCAUUAUUGGUAAAAACGGUAAUACGAUCAAACGUAUUAUGCAAGACACGGAUACGAAGAUCACUGUCAGCUCGAUAAACGAUAUCAAUAGCUUCAAUUUGGAACGUAUCAUUACGGUUAAGGGCCUAAUCGAUAAUAUGUCACGUGCCGAAGCGCAAAUUAGUUCCAAACUACGUCAAAGCUACGAGAACGAUUUGCAAGCUAUGGCGCCACAAAGCCUAAUGUUCCCUGGCCUUCAUCCGAUGGCCAUGAUGUCGACACCCGGCAAUGGUAUGGUAUUCAACCCAAGCAUGCCAUAUCAAUCGUGUCCGGGUUUCCCGAUGUCCAAGACACCGGCUAGUGUGGUACCGCCUGUCUUCCCCAACGAUAUGCAGGAGACCACAUACCUCUACAUACCGAACAAUGCGGUGGGCGCGAUUAUCGGCACCAAAGGCUCAUACAUACGCAGUGUCAUGCGUUUCUCCAAUGCCUCGCUCAAGAUCGCACCAAUCGACAACGAUAAACCGGCCGAGCAGCAAACCGAACGCAAAGUGACGAUCGUCGGCACUCCCGAAGGCCAAUGGAAGGCACAAUACAUGAUUUUCGAGAAGAUGCGGGAAGAGGGGUUCAUGUGCGGCACCGAAGAUGUACGACUAACAGUCGAAAUUAUGGUGGCAAGCUCACAGGUCGGUCGGAUAAUCGGCAAGGGCGGACAGAAUGUGCGCGACUUGCAACGCGUUACUGGCAGCGUUAUCAAGCUACCAGAGCAUGCGGUGGCGCCAGCAUCGGGUGGUGAUGAGGAGACUCCCGUCCACAUAAUCGGCCAAUUCUACAGCGUACAGUCGGCACAGCGACGCAUACGCGCCAUGAUGAUGUCGACAAAUCCGCCACCGGUGACCAAAAAACAGAAAGCCGCCAAGGAGCAAACCGCCGCCGCCGCCGCUGCAGCAGCUGCUGCCGCUGCCGGCAGUGGGACCCAGCAGCUGCAGCAGCAGCAAGUAACACAACAGCAGCAGCAACAACAUCAACUGCAACAGCAGCCGCAACAACAACAACAACAACAGCAGCAGCAGUCGCCGCCGCAGCAACAACAACAGCCACCUGCGUCAAGUCAGUAAGCCAUGUGGCAAAAACCCAAAAACAAAUAAAAAUUAUAAAUGCGUUUCAUACGUUUUGUUGAAACUACUUAUUA